AUGUCGCGAACGAAAGGAAGCCUGGUAGCUGGCGGCAACAAGGGUCGCCGCUCGAAUCCCCAGCCUCAGAAAACCAGGGAAACUUGGGCCGAAGAUGACCGGGUGCACCCACCCUUCCCGACAGAGCUCGGUAUCGCACCUCUGAGACGACGCCAGCGGUGCCAAUUGAGUUCUGCAACAUGCGUCAGGCAUGCCACCUCGCCCGUCAGAGCCGUUUGCGCCCUGCCUGGCGAUGUGGUUUCCCAAAAGGACGCAUGCACGAGAAGAAACUGGCGGGGCUUUGACCACGAUGCCCCCGCCAUGGGUCUGGGCGAUCUAGACUUCGACCUCGGCUGGCUGGCCGGGUGGUCAUUUUGCAUCGGCCUGCUGCACGCCGGCUACGCGUCCUCCACCGGCAUGACCAUUAGCAUGGCCGAGGAGGACAAGUACCCGUCGGCCCAGGUGUCCAAGGCCAUGGUUAUGGCCAUCGUUAUUAACACUAUCGGCGGCCUGUUGUUCCUGGCCCCCCUUAUGUUUGUGCUGCUCGUCCAGCCGACGCUUACCGUUUUCAAGAGCGCCGCCGGGUCGCCGGGCGCCGCCAUCGCCCUGCCGCUGCCGCUUAUGGUGCUGGCUAUUUUUGUGUGGCGUCGCCUGCACCACAGCAGCGUCGCGCUGCACCUGGGCCUUUGCCCGCAACGGUGCCAUCCCGGGCGCCCAGUGGUGGAGCAAGGUCCACGCUACGCUCGACCUGCCUCUCAAUGCUAUGAUACUUUCCAUGGUUAUCCGGAUCACCCUGGUACAGAUCCGGCUUUAAGUCCGGAGUUCAAAAACGGGUUGGCGACGUAA